AUGACCGAGGUCGGUUGGUGGAAGCUGACCUUCCUCCGGAAGAAGAAGUCCACUCCCAAGGUGCUAUAUGAGACCCCCGACUCCUAUGCCCAGACGGACGGGGGCACGGAGCCCCCGCGGCCCGAGGCUGGGGCCCCCAACAGCGACUUUAGCACCCGCCUGGAGAAGAUUGUGGACAAGAACGCCAAGGGCAAGCAUGUCAAAGUCUCCAAUUCGGGCCGCUUCAAGGAGAACAUAAAAGUUCGAGCCACACUGGCGGAGAACCCCAACCUAUUUGAUGACCGGGAGGGCAAAAAACAGUGA